AAAAAAUAAUUCCAUGGUUUGACAAAUGGAACGAAAAUCUCCCAACACCCAUAGAAAAAAGUGACACCAAUUAAGUUUCUCCUUUCCCUACCCCAACAAGAGAAAAGACUUUUAUUUGUGUCUGAUGAUCAUCAUCCAUAGAAGAUCUUGAAGGAAGAAGGAGACUUCUUUUUAUGGGUUUGUUCUUGCAUCAACGUCAAUAAUCAUGACAAGUGAUUCCAUUGAUCUGAAUGAAGAAGUUGGUGAUGAAGAAGCCAUUGAAGUUAUUAUUAGUGAUGAAAGUCAUGAGAAAAUUAUAGAUGAAAAUAAUAAUAGUACUAGUUGUGGGGAUUAUGAAAGUAACAAAAGAGUUAGACAAUAUGUUAGAUCAAAAUUACCAAGGCUAAGAUGGACUCCUGAACUUCAUCUCUCUUUUGUUAGUGCAAUUGAUAGACUUGGUGGUCAAGAAAGAGCAACUCCAAAAUUGGUUCUUCAAAUGAUGAAUGUGAGAGGACUUAGCAUAGCCCAUGUAAAAAGUCACCUCCAGAUGUAUCGAAGCAAGAAACUUGGAGAAUUUGGACAAGUACUAGGCCAUGGUUAUAGGAGAAAUCAAGGAAGAAGUUAUCUCUAUGGAAAAUUAAGCCAAAGAUUAUUUAACCCUCUUCAAGACUUCAAAAUGAAGAAUGGUGCAAUUGUUUUAGCAAGGAAUUUUAAUGAUGAAGACAAUAAUGUUAACAACCAUUUCCAAAAUUCAUUUGCAAGAACUCCACAUGAGACAAAGGAAAAUUUUUCAAGAUACUUAGAAAAUCAUGAAAUUUGUCCUGUUAGGCAAAGGCAUUUUCUUGAAGAAAAAAGGUGGCCUCCAUGUGAAUUCAAUCAAAAUAAAUUGAAUUCUCAAUCUUUGUUUCAUCAAACUGGACCAAAAUGGAGUUGCACAUAUAACAGCAUUGGUCCAAAAUUUAAGACCCCUCUUAGAUUUGAGAUGAAACAAGACAAGAUGUUCAUUAAAGAAAAAGAUUAUUGGUUGCGUGAUUUACAAUUGGGAUUGAGCACAACUGAAGACAAUAAUAUUAAGGAGAAAAACUCAUCAGAUAUAAACACAAUGCUCUCUCUUUCUUUGCCUUCUUAUUCAUCAAGUGCAACCUAAGAGAUCGCCCUAUGAUGUGCUGACAAAUGGAUUGAUUGGAUCGGAUAUGAACAGGUUGAAAAUGAGUUAUUGAAAAACGUAUAAAAUAUCUGAUCUGCUUAUUACAUUUGUUGUGAUGUUAUUGGCACAUAUAUAUAGGAUCAACCUAGGUAGGAGGCUAGUACUUGAUAUCUCACUACGUAUGCAUAUAUCAUAAAAAAGGUUCAAUUGCAUUGGGUGAGAUCUCCUAAGUACUUGCUUUUGUUGGUUGUUCAAUUUGUGUUGCUUGAAUUCUUCAAAAAUAUCGUUUUGUAUGUAUCAGAUUCUUCAAAAGUUAAUUAUAUUUUUAGAGGAUUCGAUAUGCAUGCAACAUAAAUUUUGU